AUGGGAGGGGCUGUGAGUGCCGGAGAGGACAAUGACGACUUGAUCGAUAACUUGAAAGAAGCUCAGUACAUUCGCACCGAGGAGGUGGAGCAGGCUUUUCGAGCCAUUGACCGGGCUGACUACUACCUGGAAGAAUUUAAGGAGAAUGCCUAUAAGGACUUGGCAUGGAAGCAUGGGAACAUUCACCUUUCCGCACCGUGCAUUUACUCUGAAGUGAUGGAGGCAUUGGAGCUCUACCCUGGACUGUCCUUCCUCAAUCUGGGCAGUGGAACCGGCUACCUUAGCACAAUGGUUGGGUUAAUCUUGGGACCAUUUGGCAUCAAUCACGGCGUUGAGCUUCACCAAGAUGUCAUUGAAUAUGCCAAACAAAAGCUGGAACAGUUUGUCCGCACCAGUGACAGCUUUGACAAGUUUGAGUUCUGCGAGCCGUCCUUUGUGGCUGGAAACUGCUUGGACAUCUCUCUGGAGUGCUCUGCCUACGAUCGUGUCUACUGCGGGGCUGGGGUGCAGAAGGAGCAUGAAGAUUACAUGAAGAAUCUGCUGAAAGUGGGCGGGAUUCUUGUCAUGCCUUUAGAGGAAAAGCUGACAAAGAUCAAGCGCACUGGACCUUCAAGCUGGGAGACCGAGAAGAUCUUGGCCGUGUCUUUUGCUCCUCUAGUACAGCCCGGUAAAUCCGACAUAGGGAAGAGACUACCUCUCAAUCUCCCCCUGCCAAAUGUGCGCACUCUGCAAGAUCUAGCCCGCAUUACUAUCAGAGGCCGCCUUAAAAAGACCAUCAACCAAGAAACCGGAGCCAGAGGGGGCGGAGUGCUGAAAAGCCAGCCUCGUUACAAGCGCAAACGCCUACGAAGGCGCCGAAUGGGGACCAUCGUCUUCCUCGACAAAGAGGUCUUCGCCAGCCAGAUCCCAAACCCCUUCGACGACAACAACAAUUAUGAAGACGCUGAAACUGAUCUAAGGGAGGAGGAAGAGAAGGUGGUCUACGACACAAAAGCCGAUCCUCCGGUCAACUUUCUCCGAGAGAAAAUCCUUAGCCUUCCUCUGCCGGACCCUCUGAAAAACUACCUGCUCUAUUACAGAGAGAAGUGA